AAACAGUAAAACAUGGCCGUCUUCUCGUAUAUUUUCGGUGUGGUUUUUGCUAUCAUAUCCUACAUCGUGUACCAGAAAUACUACAAUGGAUACACGAGUAUAAUCACCAAACCUGAAAAACGAUACGACUAUAUUAUCGUGGGCGCGGGCACAGCGGGCUGCGUACUCGCCGCGCGUCUCUCCGAAGACCCCGACGUGAGGGUUCUACUGAUCGAGGCCGGGGACCACAUGGGCUACUUCACGCGGAUCCCGCUGACCGCCACGGCCGCGCAGCAGGGACCCAACGACUGGUCGGUGCGGACCACGCCGCAGAAGUACUCGUCGUUUGGGUUGUGGGAUCAGACAGCAAUAAUCCCCCGCGGCAAGGGUCUCGGAGGUUCCGGUCAGAUCAACUUCCUGCUCCACGGGUUUGGAAUACCCGAGGAUUACGACAGGUGGAAGACCCUGGGCUUCCGGGGCUGGACCUUCGAGGACCUUAAGCCGUACUUCAAGAAGGCGUUUGGGACCAUCAGGAGCGAGUUUGACUCGAGCUACUGUGGGGGCGAUGAGGAAUGCUUGAAGGCUCCCAUGAAACUCCAAGUGGUGGACGAAUCCAACGAACUGAUGCGAGUAUUCCGCCAAGCGUCAGCCAGCCUGGCCGACCGGUACACGCUGUUCCGGAAGGCCACGGCCACCGUGAAAGAUGGGGCCAGACACCAGAUACUAGACGCGUACCUCCGUCCGGCGCUGAGGAGGAAGAACCUGCAUGUGAUGCUGAGGACUCAGGGAGUUACCAUCCGCUUCGAGAACCGUCGCGCGUCGUCCGUCUACAUCCUGCAGGAGCACCGCCUCCUCAACAAUAUCUUCGCCAACAACGAGAUCAUACUCUGUGCCGGUACCAUGAAGACCCCGCAGAUACUGAUAUCCUCGGGCAUCGGACCUAGGGGGCUUUUGGACAAGCUAAAGGUAGACAUAGUAGCUGAGAACGCCCACGUGGGUGCCAACCUGCACGACCACAUGAACGUGCCGGUGUUCGUGAGCGUGCGCCGGCCGGUCAGCACCACGCUCGCCAAGGUCUUCAGCGCCAGUACUCUGUGGGACUACUACUGGAACAAGCGAGGAUACCUGUCGUUCCCGCCAGUAGCAGGGGUGGAGUACCGCAACACGUCCGCGCUCAUGCUGUUCACCAUGGGCUCCGCCAGCGAGCGCCUGCUGAGAGAUCUAUCCAACUAUAAGUCACAGGUAUUCCGCGACACAUUCCCGUUCUACAACGACACCGGCAAGGAGGGGUUCAUAUUCUUGGGCACGUGUGUGCAGCCGCGCUCGCGGGGCCGCGUCACGCUGCGGGACACCAGCACGAACGUGCCGGCCCACGUCGACCCCAACUACCUGCAUCAUGAGUACGACGUCAGGUGCAUGAUCAAAGCGCUGCGUCGCGCCGAGCGUCUGAUCUCGACGCGUCCGUUUCAAGAGAUCGGCGCUCGCAUCCACUGGCCGCGGCCGGAGCGCUGCCGGACGUUCUGGAACUACUCCAAGAUGGACCAGCUCGGACUGAGGAGGAAGAGGAAAACAAAACCCCUAUCGGACCAGUGUCCCAUCAAAUCCAAGCGGAAACUCGUCAGUCCGCCGGACGAGUACCUCGCGUGUAUCAUCCGGGAAGUGGCGGUGACCGGACACCACGCUGCGGGCACCGCUGCUGGGGGUACUGUGGUGGACGAUCAGCUAAGGGUGAAGCACGUCCGCGGUCUCCGUGUGAUGGACGCGAGUGUUCUACCUUCCCCCAUCUCGCUGUACCCCAACUCCGUGCUCGUCGCCAUGGCGGAGAAGGCCGCUGACAUCAUCAAACUGACGCAGAGACGGAUUGAGAGCAGAUACACUUAGUUCAUAUGGUAAAAUAUUUUCUAUGUUCAAUUGCACGCUAUUUGUAUGGCAGAAUGUACAAGUAAAAAAAAACUACAUUCUUGCAAUAAAAAUAUUCUAUUCUAUAACAACCAAUUACUAAUUAUUGCCACAGGAGAUAAUAUACAAAUUUUCGAAAUUCAAAUUUUGUUCACAUAAUAUGUUUAGUAA